UAUACUUAGUACUUACACUUCUCUAAAGUUAAAAGAGUGUUAAAGUAAAAACAAGAAGUAGAUAAGGGAAGUGUUGUAGGAUCCAAUAAAGAGGAGUUUCUCCUCCCCUUUACUUUUUGUCUUCAUUUCCAUAUUGGUCUUUCUCUAUAUAUAUACCGUUUGUCAAUCAGUUGGGAUACUGUUAUAUUCUUUAUUUGUUUUAAAAACAAUUGAUAUAGUAACAUGGAGAAACAGGAUGAGGGAGUUCAAGUAGUGGAAGAUGGAAGAAAAACAGAUGCAGCUUUAUUUUCUUGGCCAUGGAACAACUUUGGAAAUUACAAGUAUUUGUUGUAUGGACCGUUUCUUGCGAAGUUUAUACAUUCUAUGUACUGGAAAGAGAGCAUGGAGGAUGUUUGGUGCUUGCAUAUUCUUAUCUUGUGUGGUCUGAGAGGUCUAGUUCAUCAGCUAUGGAGUACUUAUAGUAAUAUGUUGUAUCUAAAUCGCAGACGAAGGGUGUCUCAGCAAGGCAUAGAUUAUGAGCAAAUUGAUAAUGAAUGGCAUUGGGACAACUUCCUUAUCCUUCAAGCGAUUGUGGGAACGUUCGCCUACUUGAACUUUCCUUCACUGGCAAAUCUUCCCCUCUGGGAUGUAAGAGGGUUUAUUUCUUGCCUCAUACUUCAUGUAAUGAUCUCAGAGCCACUGUUCUAUUGGAUGCACAGAUUCUUGCAUUCCCCUCAUCUCUUUCCGCUAUACCACUGGUAUCACCACGGGUCUAAAGUUACACACCCCUUUACCGCUGGGAAUGCAACAUUUCUGGAACAUCUGUUGCUCUGUGUGAUUGUUGGAAUUCCGACCCUGGGCACUGCAUUUAUUGGUUACGGAUCAAUAAGUGUUAUGUACAGUUAUAUUCUGGCGUUUGAUUUCUUAAGAUGUUUGGGACACAGCAAUGUCGAAAUCUUUCCUCAUAGCCUCUACCAACGCGUUCCACUACUUAGAUAUGUUAUCUACUGCCCGACAUACCACAGUCUACACCAUCAGGAAAUGAACACAAAUUUCUGCCUCUUCAUGCCUCUAUAUGAUGUGUUGGGAAAUACUUUAAAUGCAGCUUCUUGGAGCCUUCAAAAAGAAAUAAGUUCAAGGACAAUUUCUGAAGUGGUUACUCUUCAUGACGGUACAGCUGAAAGAGCACCAGAUUUUGUGUUUCUUGCACAUAUUGUUGAUAUUAUGUCAUCAAUGCAUGCCCCAUUUGUGUUCCGGUCAUUCAGUUCAGUCCCUUUCUCCACACAGCUCUUCUUGUUACCGAUGUGGCCUUUUACCUUUGUGGUCGUGCUUACUAUGCGGUUGAAGUCCAAGACUCUUUUGUUCAGUUCUUACAAUAUAAGGGGAAGAGUCAACCAAACUUGGGUUGUGCCCAGGGCUGGUUUUCAGUAUUUCUUGCCCUUUGCUGCAGAAGGCAUAAAUAAGCUCAUUGAAGAAGCUAUUCUUAGCGCUGACAGAAUCGGUGUUAAGGUCGUCAGCCUGGCUGCAUUAAAUAAGAAUGAAGGUUUAAAUGGUGGUGGAGCACUCUUUGUCAACAAGCAUCCGAAUCUCAGAGUCCGAGUAGUCCAUGGAAACACCUUGACAGCUGCUGUGAUGUUGAAUCAGAUUCCUCGAGAUGUAAAUGAGGUCUUCUUAACAGGUGCUACUUCUAAGCUUGGAAGGGCCAUUGCACUCUACCUUGCUCGUAGAAGAGUCAGGGUUAUGAUGCUCACUCAGUCCACUGAGAGGUUCAUGAAAAUUCAAAGAGAAGCUCCAGCUGAGUGCCAGAAGUAUCUGGUUCAAGUGACAAAGUACCAAACAGCUAAAAAUUGCAAGACUUGGAUUAUUGGUAAAUGGUCUACCCCUAGACAGCAGAGCUGGGCUCCAUCAGGAACUCACUUUUAUCAGUUUGUGGUCCCUCCUAUCAUUCCCUUUCGCAGAGACUGUACCUAUGGCAAGUUAGCCGCAAUGAAACUUCCAAAAGAUGUCACUGGUUUAGGAACUUGUGAGUAUACAAUGGGAAGAGGCAUAGUUCAUGCUUGUCAUGCGGGUGGGCUAGUUCAUCUUCUUGAAGGUUGGACACACCAUGAGGUUGGAGCUAUCAAUGUUGAUCAGAUUGAUGUUGUGUGGGAGGCUGCGUUAAAGCAUGGUUUGAAACCUUUGUAUAAUUCAACAUAGUGAUACUAUUUGUCUCUUUUUCUUCAAAGCACACCUUCAUAACCUAAAUGGUUUGGAGAUGUAGCAAAGUGCACAUAGAAAGUCUUCUAAAGAUUCUUUCACAAGUCAAUGCUUCAUUAUAUGUGAAUCUAUUUGUUAUCAAACAAAAGUGUAAGCCUGAUGAGGAAAAUAAGAUAUAUAUCAUUGUACUUCCCGCAAAA